UUGUCAGAGUGGUUAAACGAUUAUGGGUGACAAAGUGUUAUGCAGGGAAGGUUAUGGAUCGUCUCGUGUUAAGAAGAAUUAUGUGUCGACAGACGAUGGACGAUUAGUGGUGGUUGACCAAUCUCCAACCGGCACGACAUUCUCUCACUUUUUCAGGUCAGUGUUUCUGCCACAAGGUUAUCCAGAGAGUGUGAGCCAAGAUUACCUGGAGUAUCAAAUAUGGGAUACCAUACAGGCAUUUGCCAGCAGUAUCACAGGAACGCUGGCAGCUCAGGCUGUGUUGAAAGGUGUGGGGGUCGGUGAUGAAAACGCAACUGUCCUGGCUGCAACUAUGACUUGGAUUCUGAAAGACGGUACAGGUAUGCUUGGGAGGAUUGUUUUUGCUUGGCUGCGUGGAUCUAGCUUAGACUGCAACUCUAAACGAUGGAGGUUAUUUGCUGACAUCUUGAAUGAUCUAGCUAUCUGUAUAGAGAUUCUGGCCCCAAACUUCCCAGGGAUCUUUACACCUUUGGUGUGUACAGCUGGGGUAUGUAAGUCAGUCGUAGGUGUGGCAGGUGGCGCCACCAGAGCGGCUUUGACUCAGCACCAGGCCAGAAGAAACAAUAUGGCUGACGUAUCAGCGAAAGAUGGAAGCCAGGAGACACUGGUUAAUCUAGCAGCUUUGAUAUGUAAUCUGGCUCUCAUCCCUCUAGUUACCGGCAAACAAUCACUCAUUUGGUUCCUGUAUAUAAUUUUCACCUGUUUACAUCUUUAUGCAAAUUACUCUGCUGUAAAGUGUGUUGUCAUGGAAACCAUGAACCAAUCAAGAUUGAAUCUGAUUGUGAAAGAACUUCUUGACUGCUCCCACAUUCCAAGUAUACAGCAUACCAAUCGCUUAGAGCCUGUAGUAUUUAGAACACGAAGAAAAUUAGAAAUUAUCCUUGGUUGUUCUGUUGGUAAGCUAUGCACUAGUGCCAAGGAAUUACAGACCCUGCUGAUGUUGUACAAGGGGACACCAUAUCUUCUGGGUCUUAAUAUUAAAAAAGGAGAAAUCUGUAUAGCUCUGUCAGACCGUGCUACUACGUCAGAUCAGUUGCAGAGUUGCUAUCAAGCAGAGGUCAUCAAUUAUGUGUAUGAAAAUCUUUAUAAAAACAAAACACUUCAUUCCUCCCUGGCCCCUGUUGUGAAAGCUUUAGAAAAUGGUGAUGUACAUGGAGCAUUAGCAGCCUCUUUGAUCUACACAAACUUAACCAUUGAGGCCUUCUGUCAGGGAGUAGUACAACAGAAAUGGGUUUUGAAUCCUGUCCUGCUCAAUGCCAAUGAAUGGCGUGCCAAAUGGGACAUUGAUGGGGUCACAGACAAAAAAGAGUACUAGUUACAUGGACAGUCUUUCAGAAUUACAACAUCUGUCUAGGCAGCAGAAGGAUUUGGUUACCAUAGCAACAAGGCAUUGUUACCAUAACAACAAAGGAAAGAGGUGCCAUAAACCAAAGGACAAUUAUUUUACAAUAUCAAAUUACUUAUUUUUGUACUGGAUAGAGAGUGAUUCAGUAUUCAU